CACCCACCCUCGGCGAACGAAACCCUACCUCUUUCUCCCUCUCCCACAUACACCGCCGCCCGCGAGGAGAGAACCUCGAUCGCAGCCGUCCCCCUCGUGAUCCAGAUCCCCUUCUCUCCUCCGGCUCCAUAUCGCUGCGCGCUCACCGUCACUCCCAUCGUUACCCGCGGUGGCUGCUCCGUCGUGCCCAUGCCGAGAUGGACGGCCUCGGCAGUGGCGGCGGGCGUCCUGGCGUGGACAAAUUCUUGGCGGUGCCGCCUGAUCUUGUGGCAGAAGAUGACCUCGGUGCUCGGGCGUCCCCUGGCUUUGCCAACCGGCCGUAGAGGAGGACCUGCGGAUUGCCUUUCGGGUCUUCGGCUCGAUCUUCCUCACCGAAGCCGGCGUAGGCACCGACCGGACUUCAGCGGAAAGUACUACUGUAGGACUGUUCACGGACAAGAAGAACCCCAGGGAGAUUCUCUGGGAUGUGAUGUAGCAACCGGUGAGGUUGUCAUGGCGGACCAGAUGCUAGCCAGGAUCAGCGCGCUUGCCAAGGAGGGUUGGUGCAUCAGGGUCGUCUCCAAGUGCAGAGGCAAGGCCUCCAACCGGGAGGCUGUGAUGACCUGCUUCUGCCCAUAAUCAGUUUGGCACUAUAAAACUAGCUUGAUGAUCUUAAAUUUGGUUGGCUUUAGGAGUUGUCCUGUUUGCCCUUUCAGACAACUACUUUAAUUUCUACACGUGAUGCCUAGACUGGAGGAGUUCUGCAGCUUCUGUUUCAACUCUAUACCAUUUUUUAUCUUAGUGGUGGCCAAUAGCUUUUCUUGAAUAUAUACUGACCCUUGGCCUUUUGUCUGAUUGGCAGAAUAGAGGCAGUGUCAUCAGAACGAGAUGAAAAGUUGACCUUCCAAGAAAGGACAAGAGGCUGAACAGUCCAUGAAAAACAGGGUAUGGUUUGUGCAAAUUGUUACGCACUUGUGCUUGUGCAAACUGAAGGUGGUCCCAUGAAGCAAAUCAAGCCAGAAGUUUCCGCGGCGAUUGUGCUUUGCCAAGUUGAGAAAGCAAAGGAAGAUAUGCUGAACCAGCUAUACAUAUCAACUAGAUCAUAAAAGCGCGC